UCCGGGCUGACUGAGCUCCAGGCAGAGCCUGAUGUCAGCCUGGAUUCAGCUGAGCUCUCACAAGACUUGGACACCUCAGAGACUGAAAUCUGGGCAACGGCUCUUCUCACAACAAUGACUGAGGAUGCAGUCAUCACAAACAGUGACAUUGAAGAGAGUGAGGGCAUGACAAAUACUGGCACCUCACCCGCCCCCACUGUUAUUCAUACUGCCCCUAUGGAAUUUUUCGAGGAGAGUGCUGUUCCUUCUCAGCAGCAGGUGCCAGCCAUUGUAAGGAACAUCCACCAGAGGCUGGUGUCCCAUGACACUGUGGAUGCCAGGCUGCAAACUGACAUUGUGAGGCUGGCUGAGAAACAUCCUGUUGACGUGGUGCUGACCCUCCUGCGCUGUGCCCCAACGUGUGACAGAGCUGCUGCAAUCAUGUGGAAAACCAUAGGAUCAGUGGGACCAGCACUGGAGAAAGUGCUGCCAACACUGCUGUGUGUGAUGGAGGACUGGCCUGUGCACAGCGCAUCCACCUCCGAUGGGGAUGACACAGAUGUCUUUGCCCUGGCUGCAACUCUGGUGAUCUGGGUGAUUGUGUCUGAAUGCCACAAGGCCAUGAUCCCUUAUUCUGGGCGACUGUUUGUGGCUCUGCUCUUCCAUAUUGUCAUCACCACACAGCAGAUGCCACCAGAGGAAGCUGGGCACUUUUGGAAAGCAUGUCGGGAGGAACACCGCCUUCCCAGGAAGCCCAGCAGGUUUGCAGUACAGGCCAUGAAGGCUCUGCUCUACCGCCUGCGGUGUGACAAGGAGGUGAUGGCUGUGGAGCGCAAGCGUGGCUGGGACACGCUGCUGCGUGCUCACACCCAGCACUAUGCCGUGGGUCUGCUGGCCAGGGAGAUGCGCCGUAUCUUUAUCCCCUUUUGUUCCCUCAUUGCAUUACAUCUACUGAAGGAGCUCCACAGGGCGGACCCAUACUGGGAUCUGCCCUUCCUGGCAUUCCUUGUGGAGGUCUUUGAGUGCUUGGACUUGUGUAAAUGUGGUGACAGCAUACUGGAGAUCAUGUCAAGGUGCCUGCAGAGCGAGUGCAGGGAGAGGCGUCGCCUGGCGCUCAGGGCCCUCAUGGUGCUCAGCAAGGAUCCCUUGAGGGCCAGAAGAAUGUGCAGUCUGUCUAAAAACCUUGUGGAGCUGCUGGGUGAUGCAGAUGGAUAUGUUGUCAGCAUGACCCUCUCUGUGCUCACAAAUAUACUUGAGAAUGACCACAUCCUGAUAUCCAGCACCACUGCCCCGCAGCUGGCUGAGGCACUCCUGCCACUCUUUGACUGUGACGACAUCCAUAUGCAGCUGCUCUCCCUAAACCUCUUCUUCAAGGUGAUGGACUUGGUAGUGAAGAAAGGAAAAAAGCCCCUGAAGAGAAUUGUGAAACAGAGCCUGCUGCCACUCUUCUUUCAUUGCCAUGAUGCGAACGAGCGUGUGGCAAAAGCCUCUCGUGAAUUGCUGCUUUGUGUGGUAAGGUUCCUGAGGAGAAGGAAGCUCAAGCAACUACUUAAGAGGGAGAAGAUGUUGAAGUUUGGCACCAGCCUGCUGGCAGAGGACACGAGCCGAGCGGCCGAGCAGCUGCGCCGGGCCCAGCGCUACCUCCAGAGCCCACAGGAGCCCCUGCGAGAGGCGGCCAUCAGGUUCAUGGGGUCUGCCAGGGUAUCCAUGAGGGGACAGAAGGAAGUGCUCGAGGUCCUCAAUGAGGCCAUUCACACCCGGAAGAAAGGCUGUACAUCCCACUGUAGCAGGAAUAUUCAAGCACAGUUUACAAGUCGAGUUGAAGAAUUAAGUUCAUCUUCAGGAUCCAGUGAAUCAGUGUCCUAAGAAUAGCACCAGGAGAUGCUGAAGAGGACACCAUCUCCACUGCCACUGGAACCCCACGCACAGCUGAUAAUUGGUACAGCGGAGCCUGUGGGACACUGGUCUGGCUUCAGCCAACUCCCUGCCUGUAGAUAGCUCCCUCCCUCCAGCUUUCACACCGUGUCGACCCUCCCCGCUUUGGUCCAUUCCAGUUCAUCCCUUUGCUUCGCCUGCCAUUAAUAAACAGUUUGGCUUCUUCA